UAUCCUCGGUCCCUUGAAUUGGUUGCCGGCUUGAAGGCGGAGGAGAGAGGAUGCUGAUCGGCUGUUCCAGAUAGAAUCGGGGCAGAAUCCCUGCUUGAGACGGAGACGAACUCCGUUUCGAUCUUUAGCUCUGCUUAAUCUGCUCCAUCCGUCUCUGAUGUGCAUCGCACCCCCAGGCCUCUCUUCUUCUUUUCGUCCGUUUCGAUUUUGGCCGCCGCCCGCCACCCUCACUGUGGCCGCGGCCGAUUCUCGCCGGAGACGAGGCGUGCAAUCAUCCGGACAAGCGGAGGUCUAGAAAGGGGCAUUAUGCUCUAGUCUAUACAUGGAGAUUUUUGAGAGAAAAUUUUGAGAAAUUAUCUGGAUUUAUCUAUAUAUUUGCAAAAUGGUUGAAGCAAUUGGUACCUGAGCUGUUUAGCAAUGGACAACUUGGAUGGGGGCAUUGAUAGAAUAAGUGAAUUACCUGAUUCUAUUCUCCAUCACAUCUUAUCUUUGAGAACCACAAAAGACGCUGGAAGAACCAGUGUUCUAUCGAAACGAUGGAGGUACCUAUGGGUUUCUGUGCCUACUUUAUACUUCAAUCAAGAACAAUUCCCUGUCAACUUUCAGGAACAUGUGGACACUGUGCUGCUCCUCCGUCAAGAUGAAUCAAAUAUAUUGCAGUAUCGUCUGGUGAUUUCAGAUCACAUGGAUCAUGCUGUUUUACGUAGAUGGUUGCAGUAUGCAACAAAGAGAAAUGUUCAUGAGCUUGACUUCGAGCUUCUUGCAACUUGUGAGUUUGAUUGUUGUUGGACCGUGCCCCAUUGCCUUUUAACGUGCCAAUCGUUGCAGAAACUGAAGUUGGCCCUCCCCCGAUGGCAACUUGUGUUAGGUGAUUCUGUUGAUCUUAGUAGGCUUACAACUAUGCACCUCAAAGGUGUUAUUUCUUCUUCAAACUCGUUGAGUAGACUAGUUUCAAGCUGUCCUCUCCUUGAGGAACUGUGCUUGGAAGAUUGCAACUUCAAGGUUUUGACAAUUUCUGCAAAUGAGCUCAAGAGACUGACUAUAGCUCGCUGCAUUUUUGAUACCUUCAACAGAAUAGAGAUCUGCACCCCCAAACUAUUGUCACUCAACUACUCUUCAGGAAAAGCACAAGGAUGUUAUCUUCAUGACAUUUCCACUUUAGUCGAUGCAAGCUUAAUGCUUUUUAAUCUAGAGUAUUCAGGAUUGCAAUCUAGUAAAAGAUGGAGUAUUGAUGAAACUUUGCGAGGUCUUUCUAGUGUGAAGUCCCUGACCCUCACAUACUUGGGUGCUAAACAUCUCUCCUUAGAGGGACAUUUACUCGGUCGUCUGCCCAUGUUUCAUAAUAUGAAAUACUUGAAGUUGAAUUUGGUGCUCACCGGUGCUCACCUGCAGGCAAUAUCGUACAUGCUCACGCACAUGCCUAAUCUUGAUACUUUGGUGAUACGUAAUGAAGUGUUUUCCUUGCGUCCCAUGCGCGAAGAAAAGAUCAGUUGUUGGACAUCAGCAAAUCAUGGCAUCAGGCAGAUCGAGUUGCAGAACUUUGAAUCAAAUGAGCAAGAGCGGCAGUUCAUUAGUGUUUUAAAGACCGCGCUAACUUGCAAUGAAGCAUCAAGUUCUCUUUGCUUGAUCACUGAAAGGGGCAUUGGUGAAUCAAUUUCUCCUGCCUUGACCAGGGGAAACGGCACUGGAGCAUCAACUUCUCUUGCCUUGGCCUGUGGAGGCACUGGAGCAUCAACUUCUCAUGCCUUUACUAUAGGAAGGGACAGUCAGCCAUCUACCAAUCUGGCCUUUCCUGUGGACAGUGAACCAUCAACUAAUCUUUCGCCUUCCCCUUUCCCUUCCCCUUCCAUGGGAAGGGACAGUGAACCAUCAACUGAUAUUGCCUUGUCCAUGGGAAGGGACGGUGAACCGUCCACCUCUCUUGCCUUGACCAUGGAAAGGAGGGUAGGGACACCUCUCUUGCCUUGACCAUGGAAAGGAGGAGGGAAGGAGGAAGGGACAGUGAACCAUCGGCGAGUCUUCUCUUGUGAAGGAUCCUACAGUCGGCGACUGGAAUAGGAAUUUUAGGUUCAUCAUCAUCUAAACGUUGUCCGGUGCUUCUUACUUUCUGUUCUUUUUAAACUCAGUGCUGGUUAUGAACUUGCGCUUAGCGAGGCAAAAUUUCACAGUGUGAUGUGUUGGUAUGUUUGGCUUGAUAAAUGAGUGCUUUUUUAGUCAUAAAUCGAAAAAAGGUUUCAUUUUUGUGGA